AAGAGACAUUAGUCAAAGAGGCACAUAAUCAACAUAAAAUGCAAACGUACGGAUAAUAACUCUUAUUUGAAUUACUCAGUAUUUCGACGACAUUGAGGUCACGUGACUCCGGCGUCAGCUGAGUUUGGUGACGUCGCAAACAUGGUGAUCUACAGCGUCUAUGUAGUGAACAAGGCAGGGGGCUUAAUUUACCAAUAUGACAAUUAUGUCCCACGGGCGGAGGCAGAGAAGACCUUCAGCUACCCGUUAGAUUUGAUUCUCAAACAUCACGAUGAAAAGGUGAUCGUGUCGUUCGGCCAGAGGGACGGAAUCAGAGUGGGACACGCAGUGCUGUCGAUCAAUGGAGUAGAUGUGAUGGGGAAGAGCACAGCCGAGGGAAAGGACAUCCUUGAAUACCUGAAAGAUCCCUCUAACUACCCGGUGUCCAUCAGGUUUGGACGAGCACGUCUGAGCUCCAAUGAGAAGUUGAUGCUGGCCUCCAUGUUUCACUCGUUGUUUGCGAUUGGUUCGCAGCUGUCCCCAGAAGUUGGCAGUUCGGGGAUUGAAAUGUUAGAAACAGACGUCUUCAAACUCCACUGUUACCAGACUCUCACAGGAAUUAAGUUCAUUGUUCUGGCGGACCCUCGUCAAUCUGGUAUUGAUGCUCUGUUAAGGAAGAUUUAUGAAAUCUAUUCAGACUUCGCCCUCAAGAACCCGUUCUACUCACUGGAGAUGCCAAUCAGAUGUGAACUCUUUGACCAGAAUCUGAAGAGUUCACUGGAGGUGGCAGAGAAAGCUGGAAACUUUGGAGCCGGAUCAUGAAUCAGGGAUAAAUCCAGAGAGUGUAAAUCUGUCUCAGCAGACAUUUUUAAUCAGGGUCGUUCUGAGUUUCUAUGAUUGAAGACUCUCCUGGGUCUUAAUUACUCUGGACUGGGACGUGACAAGCUGUAAAUACAUGUUUUGUAAAUACUUAAGAAUAUUAAACGUGUGUGUUAAUACUUCA